GUAACUUGUGCUUGCCCCAGAGAUCAUGCUGAACUGGAUGCACUAUAACCAGAACGGUAGCAGCUAUUGUUAGUGAUACGAUUGUGGAUCAAAGUUGUUCAUCCGUAUUUGCGUGUCACAGUGGAUAUCUGGUCAGUAGAACGUUAUGGUUAUAACGUGAGUCAUGUUCAAAAUGGAAGGAAAGUUGUAACUUGUGCUUGCACUCGUGUAUGUAAUUGUGUUUUUAACACUACUCACCGAUAGAUAAAUAAUAUUUGUUAUUAAUAGAUGAGAAUUAAUAGAUAAUUCCACAUGACAUGAUGUGUAAAACGUGUUUAAAUAACGCACUGUGUUCCCGGUGUGUAGCGUUAGCCGCAGUGGCUAACAAGCGCUAACAAGUGGGUCUCCCCCACUUCGACACACCCAAACACUGCAGCCUGGGGGUGUGUUUGUGUGUGUGCGUGCGGUCGAGUGUUUGCUUUGUGAUGUGCCGGACUUUAACUCACUCCAACACGGCGGACUGUCACCGAGUUCACUUGGACCGCGCAGGAGCCCACUAACACGGAGCUAGAACCCAAGCGAACCCGUCUUGUUUCGGUGCUGAGAGGAUGGCCCUUCGCUCCAGGACGGGGUUUUACCGGCAGGAGGUGAACAGAACUGUUUGGGACGUUCCGGAACGCUACCGCGAGCUGAAACAGAUCGGAACCGGAGCUUACGGAAGCGUGUGUUCAGCAUGGGACCGACGGGCCGCCACACAAGUGGCCAUCAAGAAGCUCCACCGUCCCUUCCAGUCCAAGCUGUUUGCCAAGCGGGCCUACAGGGAGCUGCGGCUCCUGAAGCACAUGAAGCACGAAAACGUGAUCGGUCUGCUGGACGUGUUCACCGCUGAGAUCUCUCUCGACAGGAUUCGGGACUUUUACCUGGUGAUGCCGUUCAUGGGAACCGACCUGGGCAAGCUGAUGAAACUGGAGAGACUGUCGGAAGACCGUGUCCAGUUUCUGGUCUACCAGAUGUUGCGAGGACUGAAGUACAUCCACUCGGCAGGGAUCAUCCACAGGGACCUUAAACCUGGAAACCUGGCCAUAAACCCUGACUGUGAGCUGAAGAUUUUGGACUUUGGUCUGGCCAGACAGGCGGACGCCGAGAUGACGGGCUAUGUGGUGACCCGUUGGUACCGUGCCCCCGAGGUCAUCCUCAACUGGAUGCACUACACACAGACAGUGGACAUCUGGUCAGCUGGUUGCAUCAUGGCUGAGAUGCUACUGGGGAAGCCGCUGUUCAAGGGAAAUGAUCAUCUGGAUCAGCUGCGAGAGAUCAUGAAGGUCACAGGGACUCCGACACCGGACUUCGUUGCAAAGCUAAAGAGCCAAGACGCCAAGAACUACCUCAGAAGCCUCCCCAAAGUGCCCAAGAAAGACCUGCACACCAUCCUCUCCAAAGCCAGCACCAGCGCUGUGAGUGUUCUGGAGAAAAUGCUGCUCUUGGACCCAGACGAGCGGGUCAGUGCUGCAGAGUCUCUGGACCUUCCUUUCUUUGCCGAGUUCAGGGACACGGAGGAGGAAACCGAGGCACAACCCUACGACCAGACCAUGGAUAACACCGACCUCACGCUGGAGCAGUGGAAACGUCACACGGUAACAGAGAUCUUGACCUUCCGUCCUCCCAAAGAUUCUAGAGAGACGUGUCUCUAGCAACCACUGUAGCAGCAAUGUUGUCUUCUGUUCGGCAUUUUCCCUUUUAAUUUUUUCAAUAAAG